GAAGCAGGUUCUACUUUGACGGUUAUAGCUGAAAGCGAUAGCCCGAUUGGGCUCAAAGCGAUUACCCUGUCGCCGCCUGGCGGCUCGCAAACAUGGCGUCAGCUUUCCGGUCAACGGUUACCCAGCGACAGGUCCAUAUUACGAUGGUACCUGCUCCACGAAACCUUGCACAGAGUCGAACCGUGCUCAAGGCCCUCCAGAAGUUUGGGGAAGUUGCUACGUUCUGGAAUUUGAAGUAUGACUACAGACCCAAGGCUUUAAACAGUGGUCGCAGUGCGUUAGCCAUAUUUGAAACAGCCCAAGCAGCGUCCAACGCUAUCAAUGCCUCUCCUAUUGCUGUUCCCAUCCCGGAAUCGUCAAUAUCACCUGAUGAACCAUUCCCAACCAACUCUGCACCCGAGUCCGAAGAGGCCGAACCCACCUCCUCAGCUCCGAGAAUAACAUGCACCAUUAAUCCUUCCGAACAUGACCACAACGUGAGCAUCCGCCAGAAUCCUUAUCAUCGGCAAUUUCAUCUUUCGAAAACCUGGUAUGAACUCCAGGAUUUGUCUCGAUCCUCGGGCCCGCGUUCAGUACCGCUCGUACAGUACGCGGAUUGCUUUACGAGGAGGAAAGGUCGAGUGCCGAUGAGGAUUCAGGGUAUGUGGCUGCGCGAAUCGGAGGAGAAUGGAGCUAUGUCACUGAUGAAGCUAUGGAAGAGAGGCAUGGAAAAGGAAAGAGAGGGGGAGCGAAAAAGAGUAGAUGCGGAUGCUAAUCCAAAGGCAGGGUUUGCGGCAGAAGGAGAAGCGCCCAUUGCGUAGCAAGUGGUUAAGGCACUGAAGGAGAAUUCUCCGGAUAUGGAUUGGGAGGCAGGUCGGGGAAUCACCCCUAUAUUUAAAGCGGCAAACCCCCAACACCUAACAGCCAGGCACCGGAGCAAGCCCGUGGAAGGCUAACAGACAUUUACACCUCUUAGAAUUCUCUAGACUCGUAAAUUCGAGUCUUGAAUGGCGUGGUCUAUUGAGUUUUAUCGCCACAUUGAUCUUCCGCUCCAGAUCCCCAAAGAAGGUGUGGAACUUGGAAUUCCAAAUGCGACUCUUGCCCUUGGUAUAAACUUUCUUUGCCGUCCAACUGUGGCCCCCCGAAGAGAUUUGUCCGCUAUGAGAAAUGGUUUGCAGCAGCAAAUUCCUUCAAAGGGUGCCGGUCGACUACAUCAUAAGGAUGCAACCGGUGGACUUUCAUAAGCCUUCACUGGAAGUUCUUCAUGGUUGUUGCAAAGGUCAAGGUGGCGGGAAUUGAAAAAGGAUACGGCUUCGAACGAACAAUCAUUGGAGCGUAUAAUAUCCGAGCGAAGGAUCCCAAUACCUUUAACUGCAGACAUAUGUCGCAGCUAACGGGCGGCACUAUACGAAGUACAUGCUCUAAUAUGCACAGGUAGAGGGACUUUUAGUUCUUAGACUUUACAUGGUCCAUUUUCAAUAUCAACUCAUCUUUUUUAUAUUGGCGU